CUUUCCCAGCACCUCACCUUCCCUCUGCUGUCAGUCACCCUCCUCGUGUCCUUUGGCUCCUCCAUGCUUUAUGGCUACAAUCUGGCCGUGGUGAACUCGCCGGCGGAGCACAUAAAGGCUUUCUACAACGCCACGUGGUCCCGGCGGUAUGGGCACGGGCUAGCCCCCGGCCCUCUGACCCUCCUCUACUCCCUGACUGUCUCCAUCUUCGCCCUGGGCGGGCUGGUGGGCUCCCUGCUGGUGGGGGUGCUGGUGGAGCGAUACGGCAGGAAAGGCGUGCUGAGCCGCAGUGCUCUCCUCGUCCUCCUGGCUGGGGGCAAGGUGCACCGAGGGUCUGGCUGGGCACCUUUCUCCCUCCUCCCUCUCCCAUCUGGGUCCCUCCUGUCCCCUCCAGGUAUCUGUCUCAGCGUGGUACCCCUCUACCUGGGAGAAAUCGCCCCUAAGAACUUGCGAGGUUUCCUGGGCCUCAUGCCCAGCAUCUUCAUCUGCCUGGGGGUUUUCUUUGCGCAGGUCCUGGGCCUCCCAGAGCUGCUGGGUGAGGACAGGUUCUGGCCAUUUUUCCUAUCAGCGGUGGUUGUUCCCGCCUCCCUCCAGCUCCUGCUGCUGCACUGCUUCCCUGAGAGCCCACGGUACCUGCUGAUAGAGAGGAAUGAUGUCUGCGGGGCCACCAAGGCUCUGUGCCAGUUCCUGGGGACACCCGAUGUUCAGGAUGUGAUCGAGGAGAUGAAGGAGGAGCAGCGGUUGCUCUCUUCUGUGGAGAUGGUCUCUGUCUGGCAGCUGCUGCGGGACCGCUCUGUGCGCUGGCAAACCCUCUCGGUGGUGGUGGUGAAUGCCGGCAUGCAGCUCUCGGGGAUCGAUGCUAUCUGGUUUUACACCAACACCAUCUUUGAGAACGCUGGGAUCCCUGCAUCCCAGAUCCCCUACACCACCGUGGGCACCGGCACCAUUGAAGUUGUUGCUGGGCUGAUUGGGUGCUUCACCAUCGAGAAGCUGGGCCGGCGACCGCUCAUCAUCACUGGCUUCUGCACCAUGGGCAUCUGCUCGGCUGGCAUCACCGUCUCCCUGCUGCUGCAGACCGCCCUGCCCUGGAUGCGCUACGUCGGUGUCGCCUGCGUGGUUGGCAUCAUCACUGGCUUCUGCAUAGGACCAGCUGGCAUCCCCUUCCUGAUGACAGCCGAGCUCUUCAUGCAGUCGCACCGCCCAGCCGCGUACAUUGUGGGGGGGUCCCUCAACUGGCUCUGCAACUUCACCAUCGGCUUUAUCUUCCCCUUCCUGCAGAUGUCAGCUGGUGCAUUUUGCUACCUGGUUUUCUGCGGCGUCUGCUUGCUGGUGGCCCUGUAUAUCUACCUCGUCAUCCCCGAGACCAAGAACAAAACCUUCAUGGAGAUCAGCCACAUCUUUCCCCCCCGCCGCUCCUUCCUCUCCGUCCCGGCCCACCUCAUAGGCAUGAUGAAGCUUGAUGGCUACGGGGCCUUGGAGGGCAGCUCCCUGGAGGGCUCGGGCUCCAGCCUGCCCUGA